GACACUUUGGCUGCCUAUCCUUGUGGUUCGGACCACACCCCCAGUCCCAUGGCAAGUCGAGUACCACUUGAAGCAGCGCCAGUCCUGGAAAAACCAGAUGCCCGACUAACUGCCGUGGCUGCCAGCAUCGAAGAUGGACACACGGUUGUUUUCCUGGGUGACAGCCAAGGCCGACUACACAAGGGCUACAUGGAAACAACAGGAGAGACCAUUCUCUAUGCUUCUUUGAUGAUCCAGCCGAACAGUGCAGUAUGUAGAGACCUUCUGUUCGACCAGCCGAAGGAGCACCUCUACGUCAUGACUCAGUCAAUGUUGGCUAAAAUCCCCGUCUUUGAAUGUUCCCAGUUCUCCGAUUGCAAGUCCUGUUUGGCAGUGAAAGACCCCUAUUGUGGCUGGUGUGUUCUUCAAGGAAAACUCAGAUACUGGAUUCCAGCCCAUUCCCUUCCUUAUACACUCCAAGUACAACACAGUCAUCUUUGCCUAUGGUGGCCACUGAACCCCCUACGCUCUCAGAAGCACCAGGGACUACUUCCAUGCCGGCUCCCACCACCACUCCCAUUAUCUACACCAGCCUGCCAGCCACUUCUGCCCCGACUACUCUGAAGCCCGAAACCCUUCCUUCCACCGAAGCACCUCUAUCAACCCCAAGUACUGUUACUUUGCUGGAGACAACCCGGGAUUCUCUGAUAUUGCCCCCCACUGAAGUGCCCACUACUGCGACUGUCGGUCCUACCUCAGAAUAUCUCUCCAGCAGCCAGCUGGAGAUGCUUUCUUCCGCAGCGCAUCCUACUUCAGAACCAACUGCAGAUCCAGAAGACGGCUCCACCGAUCCUUCUAUUGCCGUGUAUAGCACACCCCAGCCUGUUCUAGAGGGAAAGACUCCUUCCCUUGAAGCUGAAAGUUCCUCCACUCCACCUUCUGCCCCUGCGUCUUCUCCCCUAAGUCCUCUCACCCCUAACCAGACCGGGAGCCCUUCCACAUCUACUAACGUACCACCCAUUGACCUGGAGACCGAGCCUCCCAUUCUCGAGUUGCCUUAUCCUACAGACCUUCCAAAGUGGCUUCCUCCUGAAGACAUCGCAGAACCCCAGGAGAGUGAGGAAUGGAUGGUUUCGCUGCCCCCUGAAAAUGACACCUCCUCUUUCUCUGCAUCCAUCCUUCUCUCGGGGGAUGGGGACUCCUCCGAGAGUGACAUCUCUGAUUUCCCUCGAAUUCUGCACCCAACACUAGAUUAUCAAUAUGAUGCACCUGGAUUUCUGGAUUUGACGGAGGAGUACAGCUGGGGCCCUGAAGCCUGUCCGUGUGUGAAGGGCAUCCAGGGAUCCUCUCUGAUGCCGGUCAAUGUGCAGAGAAAGAUCACCCUGAUUGGACAAAACUUUCACCUCUAUCAGG